AUGUAUAACCUUUCAGAUAUCAAAAACUAUCCCCACAAUAAAAUUGAAAAAACUUAUUUGCUUAAUAAAAUUGAAGAAAUUAUAGCAGCGCACACAGAAUUAGAGCAUUUUUAUGAACCAUUUGCUAGUGGUUUAUCAUCUCCAAAUAUCCACGAUAUAAAACCGAAAGAUUUUGCUUGUAAAGGUGAUAGUGGAGGCAACAGUGGUGAUGGAUCUAAUAUUAGUACGAAAGAAGGAACUUCUGUUUCGUCACCCGAAAGUACAAUAUCUAUGUCUCAAGCAAGCAAUGUUAUUAUGAAAGGUGAUCUUCGUGUCAAAAGAGGUGAUAGUGGCGGCAACAGUGGCGAUGGAUCUAAUAUUAGUACGAAAGAAGGAACUUCUGUUUCGUCAUCCGAAAGUACAAUAUCUAAGUGUCAAACAAGCAAUGUUAUUAUGAAAGGUGAUCUUCAUGUCAAAAGAGAUUCGUCUGCCUUACGAUCUGUCUUGUCAAUGAAGUAUACAUUAGAAGCAACAGUCUAUGCGGAAUUAACUAUUAUGAACAACGAAAAAAAGGAAAAAAGUGCUGUACUACAAAUAUAUGAUGGAAAAAAGUCCAAACAGCUUUUACAUUCAUUUGUAUUAGAUAAAGCUCAAGAGGAAUACAUCUUAUUUAGUCCAAAGGCAUGUAUUUCAAAUAUUUUAGCAAAGAAAUAA